AUGUUUAGACGAGCAUGUGGUUCUAUUUUAUCAGGUGUUCGCCUUAUUCGUAUACAUGUAGAGAAUGUUUCAAAUAAAACUACAGGGUCUAAUCUAUUUGGUUCUUUAAAUAAGAACUUUAACAAUUUUGAAACAAAUAGGUUCUAUUCGUCCAUUUUAUCCUCCAAUUUCAAAUCAAUGGAAGGAAUUAUGAACAAGAAUACACCUAUUCCUCAAUCUAGUAUAAUGUUUGAUUUCAAUCUUCAACAAAAGAGGAAUCUAACAAAGUUUUCAUUACAAAAAGGGAAGAGGAAAACUGUUAAAACAGUUGUUGAUCGAUUUUAUCGCCUGGGAUGGGGUAUAUGGAUUCGAACUAAAUGUGGACGACAAAAGAAGUUGUGGAAAAAACCAGCUGCUAGAAAACGAAGAUUGAGACAACACGUGUUUUGUAAUGCCAAACAGUCUACGCUUUUAGAUAAAAUGACAACAAAAUAUUGGAAAAAAAGGAGGUUUUAUCCAGAUGAUCCAUAUGAACCUUACCAUGAUAGAGAAGAAUAUCCAUUUACCAGAAAAACUCCAAUAUCUUAG